GCGGCUUUGGUGUCAAUCAUGAUCCGCAUCUUUUGUAUAUUCUUUAUGCGGUUCAAAUACUUUUAAUAGAAGACGCUAUAGACGCUGUAGACGUUGGCAAGAUCGUAGAGUAUGUGUCCAGUCUCCAAGAUAAAGAGACAGGUGCGUUUAAAGAAGACGAAUGGGGUGAAAUCGAUAUACAAUUUUCGUAUAGCGCUUAUUCCUCUUAA